UCAUCCGGGUAGCCAUGGUUGUAUAUAAAGACCCGCUGUGGGGGGGAGGGGGUCUAGUUCAAACAACAGUCGAUAUUCAGUGUAGACGGAGGAUAUUAUUUUGGCUGCGGAGUCAGAGUUUCUUUGUAAGUUUUUAAAUAUGGCUGGUGGUAAAGCUGGUAAAGACUCUGGAAAGACCAAGACCAAAGCGAUUUCGCGCUCUCAGAGAGCAGGACUGCAGUUCCCGGUAGGCCGUAUCCACAGACACCUCAAGUCCAGAACAACGAGCCACGGCAGAGUAGGAGCCACCGCGGCGGUGUACAGCGCGGCUAUUCUCGAAUACCUUACUGCUGAGGUUCUAGAGUUGGCAGGAAAUGCAUCAAAGGACCUUAAAGUAAAGCGUAUAACCCCACGCCACUUGCAGCUGGCUAUUAGAGGAGAUGAAGAGCUGGAUUCACUUAUCAAGGCCACUAUUGCAGGCGGAGGCGUGAUCCCGCACAUCCACAAAUCUCUGAUCGGGAAGAAGGGCCAGCAGAAGACUGUAUAACCUGAAGUGUUCAGCAAGUUGUGCCAUCUCAGGAUGAAGUCUGCAUCAAGUGGUUAAAUGUCUUAGAUUAGUAAUCUUACAUUAUUUUAUGGUAGUGUGCAUUUACUACUCUGGGUGGGGUUUGUUUUUGGGUUUUUUGUUUUUUUUUAAUAGUGGGCCCCUCCCCUCUCCUGCAGGUUUUUGGGGGUGGGGGGCGGCUCCAGCCGGCUUGUCUUGGAUGUAUACGUGUAUUUGGCCUUUCUGUUUUUAAUCUUCACAGCUUUGAAAGGAGCUCACAGCCACCAAACCUAGUCGAUACGGAGUACAGGAUGUGCAUAGCUUUUGUGAAAACUCAAGAUGUGCUUGUGCUUUGUAUGUACCUUUAAUGCAGACCAUCCAUUUCAGCCUUGUAUUUCAAAGCAUGUUCAUUCUCUUUACCACUGGACUGUCAUGGACCGGUUCAUAACCUUGUUGGUAUUUUUGGAUUCCUGAAUAAAGACUGGAUUUGGCACAGUC